AGCACAGGUGUGUUAAGUGUGAACAACAGAUGAAAAGACACAACGAACGACUAAAUCUGUCAAUAGUCGUACGUGUAGAUGUUACAUAAUAAGGUGUAGAAUAUGCACGAAGGUUGUUGUAAGAGGUGAACAAGAGUGGGCGUUUGGUAGCCAUCAUCGAAGAAGCGAAGAAAAGAGAGAUACGGCACAGGUAUGUCAGGUAUAGUCGGGGAACCGAGGGGGGAUUGGCGAUGUUAAGGACCCAUAGGCGUCUCGAAGAGGGAAAGUAGUCGAACGACGAACGAUUUACAACGGCAACAGAAUAUGGUAACCGAGCGCCAGUAACCGAAUCCGCGUCGCCGAAGGUUCCCCGCAGUUUCUCCGUUCGCGAUGCCGCGCAAGCUGCUCAAGUUUUUAAUACUGUUCGACAAUACAUCCCUUUUGUAUUUCCCGGGACAGUUCCUAUCCGGACGUGUACUAAUCGAACUACAGGAUGACACGCCCGCACUUGGUCUCCACUUCCACGUGGUCGGGGAAGGCGUCGUGAGAGUACGAACUGCCCGCCAAGAAAGAGUUUACGAUCGAGAAAAUUACAUAGAUUUUCGAAUGAGACUUCUUGGAGAACCUGGGCAAGGACCUUCAGUACUUUCACCGGGAAUACACAGUUUUCCGUUUAAAUUAGGGUUACCAUUAGGAUUGCCGUCAACGUUUCUUGGAAAACAUGGAUGGAUACAAUAUUAUUGUAAAACAGCUUUAAGAGAACCUAACGGGCUUACGCAUAAAAAUCAACAAGUUUUUAUUGUUAUGAGUCCUAUCGAUUUAAAUUUGGAACCAUCAACUUUAUCGCAACCAUUUCAAUGCGAUGUUGAACACAAAUUUGGAGUAACAUGCGUAGGAUCUGGCCCGGUAGUGUGCAGAGUAACUCUAGAUAGAGGAGGAUACGUUCCCGGGGAAAGCAUAGGUGUUUCUGCCAGCGUUCACAAUCGAAGUAGAGUAACUGUUAAAAGUACACGCGCUGCUUUAACAGAAACGAUAACUUACAUGGCAAGAGGAAAAGUGGUGCAGUCGGAAAGAAGAGAAUUAGCUUCUUUAACUCGAGGGAAAAUACGCCCUGGCGAAAGAGACGAAUGGACCAACGAACAACUUUACGUUCCUCCAUUACCACCAACUAAUCUCAGGGGAUGUCAUUUAAUCAAAAUACAAUACGACGUCUAUUUUAUAAUAGAACCAAAAAGUUUUGAAAAAGAAGUCAAACUUCAACUACCAAUCGUGAUGGCAACAUAUCCAUUAAGAGAAACGGACGAAGAAGGUAUCCAAAAAAAUGGUACACAUUAUCCGUCAACACUACCGAUAUUUCGACCUUGGCUUGAUGAUAAACCGUCUAAUGAUUGAAAGGAAGACGGGCGGUGUAGGAUUUCAGGUUGAUGGAACAAGCAGAGGUGUCUUCAAGGUCACGAGCACGCCACACAAGGCUUAACAACGACGAUCUAAAAUAUAUUUGCAGUGCGAAAAGAACCAACUGGAAUUCUUUUAAAAGCUACUAAACUAAUUAACGGUUUCCGGUUUUUUCUUUGAACUAUAAGCAAAUAAACUUAUAAAUAAUGCAAAGGACUAACAACGAUUAUUUCGUUUUUUUUUAAUUGUUAUGUGUAAUAAUUCAUACUGCCAUAAAUGUAUAAUUUGUAAUUGAAAAGAAAUUAAAAUAGAUUUUAUUUUUA